AUGAUCGUCAAUGGAGUGGCGCCGGCCUGGACCCGCAAUCUGUACCGGCGCAUGGCGUUCGGCCGCAAGCACUUCUUCGGCCAGGACGACGCGUCCCAGGCCGCCGAUUACUACGUCAUGAACCCGGUGCCGCAGAAGCACGCGAGCCAGUGGCGGCCCAUCUUCUACCGCGGCGACCAUCCCAAGUACACGGGCACGAGUGUCACCGUGGGGCGGGCCUUCCGCACCGGCUUCUGGAACUCGUUUCAGCUGCAGAUGGGCGACGGCGUGCACGAGAUCUGCGCUAACCAGAAGCGCGCGUACAAGCGGAAGAGCCACGCCCGUAAACAGAAGUGGCGUAAGUUCUGGGGCAGGCCAGAGAAACCACCCGAGCAGCCCCUCGAGGAGGACGUCCCAGUCGAAGGCUUCGUCACUCUCUUCAUGGCCUGGCGGCCCAGGUUCUUCACCCGCACCGUGAAGUGGCAGCUUGGCGGCCAUGAGUACCGGUGGACCGGCACCAGGCGGUUCAUGACGGGGCCUUUCAAAAAGUGGAAGGGAGUAUCACACGAUUUCAAGCUUGUUGACGAACACAACAACAUCAUCGCCACCUUCCAAAAGGACCGCUGGGUCUCAUACAAGAGCUCCGAGAAGGUCGGCUCCCCACCCAACAAGACACGGUCUCUACUGGGCAAGCUGCGCAGGUACCCUGCCCCGGGCGCUCCUCCAGCCGACGAGAUCAUCGACAGCAUCAGGUCGUUGCCGCCCGACGAGUCCAAGUUCGACAAGAAGCUGGUCAAGCAGCUCAACCUCCAGGGUCCGCACUCGGGCGAUCUUACCGAGGAGGCCAUCGCCUUCACGUGCUGGAUCGUCGUCGAGGGCGAGCACAGGCUCCGGUACAAGAUAUUUGAUCUGCUUGAAGAAGUUGCCGAGACGAUCGGAGGCUAA